AUGUCUCGAAGAGAAAAUUCCCGUGGUAGGUCGCGUUCUCGUUCGCGACCUCCGCAAGAUAGACCGAUCGUACAAGAUGUUGAUGAUGAUAUUUAUAUCAUUCGCGUUCCACCGUCGAUGACGCACAGAAUAGCUGAGAUCAUGGGUCGUAGACCGCCGCAAAAUUUGCAGGCCAGUCAAGGUCCUCAUCAACCCAACAGAUCUAACCAGGAUCAAAAUUCUGGCAAUGGAUCUGGAAAUGGAAAUAGUAACUCGAACGUCCAGAAUGGAUCCAAGAGUGAAAAUGGAGGCCGUCCCGACUCGAACGUCCAGAAUAGGUCCGAGAGUGAACAACGAGGCCGUACAAAGUCUCGAGGCCCAUCAACCAAUGACAAGAAGACUCAAAUUGAUCCAAAGUCUGGAAAUGAGCCUCGAACAGAGACUGCCGCCAAUGAUGAUGGCAUCGACGAAAUUGUCCAAAGAACCAAGAGAAUCAGAUGGUAUAAUGCCAUAUGUUGUUGGUGUGGGCAAAAAGGUCAUCGAGCUGUUCGUUGCCCGGGUCCACCUGACCAAGUAACUGGUCAAAUCCAUGCUUGCGCCUUCUGCAACUCUAGAGCACAUAUCUCUGAGCAAUGCAAAGAUAAUUUCGACGCCGGCAAUGCGAAAGAUUGGGAAGCGCUCGAAAAAAUCAUGCUUGUCAUUCGCAGGAAUCUGCCAAUGCUUGCAUGUUCAGUAUCUCCAAAUGCUUGGCCAAAUUCAAAGGCUGGAGAGGUAUACGAAAAUUGCAGACCAUGGACUGGGGAUUAUGCUCUGAAAUAUGAGGCUGAAAACCCAGAUUAUGCAAAGAAAUACGUCGUCAACAAAUUAAAAGAAGAUGAUAUAGAUCUUGGCGCAGAUCCUUGGUGGGCUAAUCCAUUUUCAAAACUUCGCUACAGAUUGUUUGUUCCUAAACCAAUUCGUGUAGUAGAUAGCGAGUAUAUCAUCUCUAAAAAGAGAGAAUUGGUUGACAGAGAAAUGACCGAUGAUGAGCCAAGCAGGAAAAUUCAAAAAAUAGAUGCAGCUGAAUCCAAAUUUGGUUCAACCAUCUUAUCUCAAGCAUCCUAUGCCCCCGGAUCAAACACUCCAGUUCAAACAAAAGUCAAACAAGAGCCAAGAGACCCGUCAUAUAAUGCCUUCGAUAUCAUUGGAAGUUUCAUGCCAAACUGCACAAAUUGUGGCGACGAAGAACAUAAACCCAAAGAUUGUCUACAGUCAUGUGGAGCUUGCGGUGCAACCAAUCACCUGAAAGAUAAUUGCAUUGAAGCAAAUAAAAGUUUCGCGUUUGCCGUUAAGAAAGAAUGA